AUGGUGACAGAAAUGGUGGUCGUGAUGAUGACGAUGAGGAUGAUGAUUGGUGCAAUUGCAGAUGAUACGAAUAGUGUUUUUAGUCCUUGUGAGGAUACCAAGGUACAGAAAUCAGAUGGAUUUACCUUUGGUCUUGCAUUUUCAAAGAAGGAAUUUUUCUUCUUUGAUAAUGUUCAGCUUUCUCCCUGUGAUAGUCGCCUUGCCUUGGCUAGUAAAAUGGCCCAACUAGCUGUUUUUAGGCCAAAGGUCGAUGAGAUUUCUCUUCUUACCAUCAAUGGCAGCAUUCCUCUUGCAGCAGGUGGAUACAUGGUGGCAUUUGCAGGAAGGAAGUACGCAGCCAGGUCAUUCCCAGUAAUGGUUGCUGAUGAAAAAAACACCAUAACUAGUUUCACUUUGGUUCUUGAAUUCCAAAAAGGUACCCUACAAAAUUUAUACUGGAAAAGUUUUGGUUGUGAUUCAUGUUCUGGGGAGUCAGCUGUUUGCCUCAACAAACAAGACUGCGCAAUACCAACCUCAAAAUGCGGGCCUACAGGCUGCAGCUUAGGCAUACAGUUAGCAUUUUCUGGGACAGACAAGAACCUUGAAGCACUGAAUUCAUGGUACGAAGUGAACAACCUCCGCCAAUAUUCUCUCUAUGGCCUGUACUCAGAUCUGCGUGAUUCUAUUACUGGUUCUAUUCCUGAUUUUUUUCCUGGUUCUUUCCCGGCCAAUAACAAGCUUUUCUAA